UACAAACAAAAAAUCAUAACUGAAAUGAAUUUCGCAGCUAGGUUAAGGACACCCAUAUUUACGUCAGCCUAUGCAGAGGUUCGGGAAAGAUAUUAUGACGUCACGUUAAAACGGUACUAAUGAAUCUCGAUGAAUAAAUACUAUAGUUCUUUUUAAAACACACUCAAAUACUUUCGUUUCUCAUAAAUGUUAUAACGAUAAAUGGAUAUGCAAAUUAUCUUGCCAAAAUAGCACUUAGAAUGAAAGCCAGCUUGAUCUCGCUGUACUUUCUGAGAUGACGUCAUUUCUUAGUUUGACAGACAGUUUCUCUGUACUUGAGGCGUGGAUCAAGCUAUUAUCGUAGUUUGUAAAAAUAAGAAUGGAUACGAAACAAGCUUUACUGAACCAAAAUAAAGACAUAUUCUAAAAUAUAUUAAUCCACAUUUUAUAGUCCAACUAAAUUGAUAGUGUGUAGACUUUAUAUAGAGCCGUAGGGAGCACAUUUUUACAGUAACGUGCUAGAAUGGGGGUCCAUCUUCUCUAAAAUAUCAAAGGUUCAACGAUAGACACUUCACUAUAAAUUCUGAUUUUUUUUAAACACGUGUAGGUAUUAUUCCUACUAUUCUGAAAAGUACUGGGAGCUGGUUGUGCAUUGUUUAUUUAUUCUGUUAUGUAACAUUAUUCCAGUGCGUAUUACAUCUAUGUCUGCAGUUCAUGGAAAGACAGCUAAAUUUUAUACAAUUCCCGAACAUGAGGAAGUUGCUCCCAGCACUUUUCAUGUUAAGAAAUUUGUCUCAAACAAAACAGAAUAGAUUUUUGUAGCGGAAAGAUACCUUUAUAUCGUAGAACUUUUAGCAGAGACGCGAUAUAUACAAGUGCAAACACCACAAUUCACAUUCAUCAAAACUAAUGCUGUUAAGAAAAUAUUAAAAUUGUUUUCAUUUUUCCUGAAUAUAUUAAGGCGUAUAUUUCAUGGGCGUCCUUACCAUAGCUGUGUUGUUAACAAAUUGGCUUGUCAUACUUGAAAUAAGAGGAUAACUAUAAAAUUUGAGGUUAAUAACUGUGAGGAGCUAAAACUAUGUAGCACAAGCUAUAUCCAUGAUUAGUAAUGGAAUAAAAAACAAGUAUUAUUUGUUUCUCUACCGUGUCUUUUUCAUGCAUAAUGUUAGGAUGUCUAUAGUCGAACUCUGAAAUAAAUAUGACACUGAACCGUCACCAUGUGAACAGUUUUUACAUGUAUAGGGUUUGUAGAAAUUAUGUCGAAUGAAAAAAAAAUAUGGCGGUCGAAUGGUUCUUAAGAAUUAUGUUCAGCCUCAAAAAAUAUUAAGCCAAAUAUUAUUUUAUUGUGUAUCAUAGAUUUUUUAGAAUGUUUUAUCAUUUAUAGUUUGUAAAAUACAUGUAACCAGGCUAAAAUAAAUAUUUUUGAAAUAUUGUUCGUGGUGUGUGGCAAAUGAUUUGCGUUUAGUACAGUAAACCAUAAAAAAAGAAUAAAAAAAAGAAUAAACUUUAGUAAUUGAUACCAUUACUGGAAUUGUUGAUUCUUUGGUGAUAUAUUAUGUGUGUCAAAAACCAAUACCUUCACAUCUGUAAUACAGAUCUUACAAGUGAAAUGAUUCUUGUGAUUAAAAUAUUCUUUGGUCAGAACUUCUAUCAAAAAUUGUUUCUUUAUCCUCUCCCGACCGACUGCUUAAAAACUACCCGACUUAGCACAUUUUAACCUCAAGGAAACAAUUAUAUUUUUUUAUUCAUUUCAAAGUUAUAUUAUAUAAUGUUAUAUGAAUAAAAAAAAUCCCUCACCUACUUACCAUUUUUUUUUAACCGGGGAAGGACAAGCGCUUGUUUGUGAUCUAAAAUAAAUUUUUAAUCUGGAAAACAUUUCUUUUUAAUACCUUUCUUAUAUCUGACAAAUGUAAUUAUUAUUAUUAACUACAUAUUGAGGAUGAUUAGAUUUUCUAUUUAGAAUCGUCAUGUGUGUGACAAUCACGUAAUUUUAGCACUUAAACCUGCAAUAUCUAGGUCACAUAUAAAUUUCAGUAGUGCAAGGGCAUAACCAAGUUUAAAUUCAAAGUUAAAUUUAUAAAUGUUUUUAAAAGUUAUUGAAGUUUGUAAAAAAUGCUGCGAUCCUAUAUUGAUUGUACUCUUUCAUCGUUAAAAUCCUAAUAGUAUGUCUGCAUUGUGAAUUUUGUGCUGGUCAAGUACAUAAAAUAUAGAAAAACUCAAUUCGUUUUCAAGAUUUCAUAUUCUUAGGUUCUUUGUCUGUAUUUUACAGGAAGUACUUAUAUAUUUAAGUGUGAAAUAAACACGUAGCAUAUGAUAGUUUAAAUUGUUUUGUUAACAUAUCUACAUGACACGGCAAAAUGUUUCAAUUCAUUUUGUACAGAAAACAGCGAAGUGUUUGAAUUGUCAGAGUACCUAUAUUUUAUUAUCUUUUCUCUUUCUACAGAAAACAGCAAAGUGUUUCAAUUGUCAGAGUACUUAUGUUUUAUUAUCUUUUCUCUUUCUACAGAAAACAGCAAAGUUUUGAAUUGUCAGAGUACUUAUGUUUUAUUAUCUUUUCUCUUUCUACAGAAAACAGCAAAGUGUUUCAAUUGCCAGAGUACUUAUGUUUUAUUAUCUUUUCUCUUUCUACAGAAAACAGCAAAAUGUUUGAAUUGUCAGAGUACUUAUGUUUUGUUAUCUUUUCUCUUUCUACAGAAAACAGCAAAAUGUUUGAAUUGUCAGAGUACUUAUGUUUUAUUAACUUUUCUCUUUCUACAGAAAACAGCAAAGAGUUUCAAUUGCCAGAGUACUUAUGUUUUAUUAUCUUUUCUCUUUCUACAGAAAACACCUUAAAGGUGCUUGAACACAGAUUUGUUAUUAUUUUCUGAAAUUUUCUGUAAAAUUUCAUGACUUAUAUGUUGCUAUAGCAUUUCAUACUAAAAUAUAAUAAAAAUCUUAUUUCAUCUCGAAGUUAUUACAGCUUCGAGUUUCUGGACGUGUUGGAUUGAUACAUCCUUGCGCUUUCACGUGUUUGAGUUUUAUUCUAAAUACUUCAGAAAAGUGGCAAUUUUGUUGUGUAUUAAUGAAAAAUAUUAAAACUAUAACCCAGAAAAUUCAGAGUAGAAAUGUUCGAGAGCAAAACCUACUCACAGUAUUGUAAGUCCGUGCUCAGUGGUGAAUCGUAAACAUUAACAAUAACAGAGCUCGUGCCCUGUUUACAAAAGCAGUUUACGUUUCACGGGUGUGUUAAACUCUGUUAAAAUUUGUUAAACUCUGUACACAUCACAGAACACGGACUGACAAUACUGGUGAGUUGGUUUUGCUUUCGAACAUUUCUACUCUGAAUUUUCUGCGUUUUAGAUGUAAUAUUUUUCAUUUAUACAUAGCAAAAUCGCUUCUUUUCUUGAAUAUUAAGGAUAAAGUUAAAAUUUGUGUAAGUGCAAAGAUGUGUUAAUCAAACGCGUCCCGGAAUUCGUAGUUCCAAUAAUAUCCAGAUAAAAUAAGAUUUUAAUUAUAUUUUCGAGUGAAAUGAUAUUGCAAUAUAUAUGUCGUGGUAUUAUACAGAAAAUUUGAGAAAAUAUUAAGUUUAAAUCUGUGUCUAAGCACCUUUAAUGACAUAAUCAAAAACAUUUUGUGAGAUAGUUAUGUUAUCCUUUGGCCCAGUGAAAGUGAUUCCUGUUAUACUUCAAACAAUAUGUACUUUCAAGUAUUUCUGGUUUUUACAUCCCGCUAAUACUGAGAAAUCCCGAGACAUCUCUCCAUAUGGCAUCUUCUGAUUGAGGAAAUCCCCAAACCUUUCUAAAUAUACCGUAUGAAAUCUCUGAUUGAGACACAACAUUGUUCUGCUCUGGUAAGUUCGCCUUGAAAUUGAAAGGAUGAUGUUUUCCAUUCUUUUACUGCUUUUUAUAUCAAUAUCACCGGUCCUUGUUAACCGGUAUGUAUGAUCCGAACUCUACGGCUUUGAUCAAUGAAAGACGUGACAUUCAGGAAAUCGACGUUAAUCGGCAGAUCAUCAACGAGGAAACUCUCAUCCGUUUAGCCAUGGUCAAGGAUGUAAAGGCAUUAGUGGACGACGUUAGUUCUGUGAAGCGAAGCAUGGCGUCUACAGAAACGAUGGUCUCCCUUUACAGCAGGCACUAAAUACAUUGAAAAGUCAAGUUAAUUCUUUAAUUCGGGACAAUACUUUAGCGCAGACGGUAGAAUCGGUAAAAAGACAGGUAGAUAUUCAGAUUAGUCAGGACAAGAUUUUAGUACAGAAGAUAGAAAAUUUGGAAAGACGGUUUGACACUCUAAGUAAGGAUACCGCUUCAAAGCACACGGUAGAUACAUUGAAAACACAGGUUAAUUCUUUGCGUCGGAAACAGAGAAGAGAGAAGGGAAAACAAGAAGAUUAAAAUGAAUUGCGAGAACAAGAUUCAGGAAAUUGAGCAGAAGUUUAACAGAAACAUUGUCGAAAUUUACGCCCUUUUAAAUAACAGAACAUUGCAAACUGCUAAGAAAGGUUGUAAUCUAACGGAGUCUGGUGUUUAUGAAAUAUAUCCCUUUGAUAACGAGACCCUGGUCAGCGGGUACUGUGAUAUGGAAAUUGAUGGUGGAGGGUGGACAGCAAUUCAGAAACGGGUGAAUAUAUCAGUGAAUUUUAACAGAACGUGGGCGGACUACAAGAAUGGGUUUGGGAACCCUGAUGACUCAUACUGGAUUGGAAAUGACGUCAUUCACCAGCUUACCAAGCGAGAAAGCUCAUCCCUUUACGUCUCCAUUACAUUACAAAAUGGUACAACUUUGUAUGAACUAUAUCAGCAGUUUUCUAUCAAUGAUGAAAUAGAUAACUACAGACUCUUUCUUGGAGGGACUGCUUCCGGAACCUUGGGUGACAGAAUGUUAAACACUGGUGAUUCUGACAAAGAUUUGUCUGGGAUGAACUUUAGUAAACCAGACAAGGAUAAUGACAGAAAUAGUGAAGAUAACUGUGCUGCUUAUGGAGGAGGAGGCUGGUGGUUUAACUGGUGUACCUACGCCUUCCUCAACGGUCAAUGGUCACCGGCACGUUAUUCCGUACCUUGGUAUCCUACAGUAGGGAAAGGGAAAUAUGUGAAGGGGACACUGAUGUUGAUCAGGCGUCACUAGGAAAACAUCUGUCAUUCUUAUUAUUAAUUUCUGCGUAUUUUGAUAAUUUUAGGCUUAAUUUGUUUUUUUAUUUAGAAAUCGAAGGUAUGAGGAGUUGAAAGUAAAGUUUUGCUGUUGAUCUUUCUUUUAUAUUGCUUUUUUUUUCUCUACAGAUGCAGAUCAAUAAAAAAGGAAAUGGAUAGCUAAUUUAAUAGACUACUAUUACCACGAGUCACUGAUAGGCAAUGUUCAUAAAAUACACAUUUUUAUUUUUAUUAAUAUUUGUGUUCUAUUAAUUCCAAGUUUUAAUAAAGUUUCUGAAUAAAAUAAGCACUCUUGUGAA